CCCCCCGGAGCGGGCGGUGCUGAUCCGUUCUCUUCUUUUAGUGACAACCUCCGCGAUCAUUACUCGGACUGCGCCAAGCGCGGGGAUCAAAAGAUCCCCGAGACUGGGCAGAGAGGCCGAAGGCGCCAUGCCUGUCAAUCAGCAAGUCCACCCCAUCGUCCGAUCGUGUACCCCUGCCUUUAAUGCGCAUGAUCGCUAACCGAUCCGUUCAACUCCAGUGCACGUCGAUGAAGCUUCGCUGCGACGGACUAAGCCCCUGCGGCUCCUGUCAGAAGAGGAAUUUGCAGUGUAAUAAUGAUCGUAAGAGGGCGGCCGACACCCUGGAGCCGGACUCGGGCUCGACCCCCCCUGCGAAGCGUGAAGAUUACGCGUCGUCCUCGGAUCGUGGAUCGAUCAAGUUUCUCCUCAACGGCGGUACCGAUAGUUUUACAGAGGAGUUUCUCCUCCCUCCGCGCAGCGAUCGCGCCCGCGGCCUUGAGUACCAAAACCAAAAGGGGCUGCAGGAAGUCAGUCGCACAAUGCUAGGUUACCGUGUGGGGAACAACCAAGCAGACUGUGCACCGGCCUUUGUCGAAUCAGACCCUGCGGCCCUUUCUUUCUUCCAAGAUACGUUCCUUGAGUUCUUCAAUGGCCCUUUCGGGAAUGUGCAUAAAAUAGUCGACACUCCAUAUGCAAGCGAGCCCUACAUUUCCGCGAUCGUUCCUCCUGUCCAGGAACCCGCUCUCACACUCGCUACGCCGCCGGCAUAUGAACCGGAGGAGCCGUUUGCGACCGGGCUGUAUCAGGCCAUUCUGGCACGAGCCUGGUCGGUUCCGCUCGAUGCUAGGGCACAAGACCGAUUGUCGACGGAUCUCAGCUUUCUGCUCACGCCCUCGCGUAUCCGCAAGUUCGUGUCAAUGUACUUGAAAUACUGGCAGCCCAGUUGCGCCAUGGUUCAUCUGGCCUCUCUGAACCUAGACACGGUGGCCCUGCCAUUGCUUGCCGCGCUGGUGUUUAUGGGUGCCAUGUACUCCGCCGAUGAGCAGGAGACAAAUGCCGCAAAGCGGCUGCUGGACUUUGUAGAACUGUAUAUCUUCUCCAGUGAAACAUAUUCUGCCGACAACGAAGUGGCGUCCACGUUCUGCGGUCGCCGGACCUUUGACAAUGGAAGCAAUGACUGGGUCCAGUUUCAGAAUUUCCAGGCCGGCUUCAUCAUAGUCAUAGUGCAGUACUGGUCAGGAAGCCGUGGGUCGCACAAUCGAGCGAUGGAGAACCGCUUCAGCGAAGUCAUCAAGGUUGCUCGUCGGAUGGGUCUCCCCAAAUGCCGCCAUCAACAGCACCAGAUGGUUCCUGAGUACCAAUGGAUCCAGACCGAGUGUCGCAUUCGUACAAUGAGCAUUAUUCAACUUCUUGACUGCGCCUUUUCAUUUUUCCAGAACUACCCUUGUCGUCUAACGCACACUGAAGUUGAAUGCGAUUUCCCUUGCGCCGAAGCGCUCUUCGCUCUCGAACACCCAUACACUGACCUCAGCUUUCAGCCCUCGCGGGGGAUUACUAUAUCGGAAGCGUUUCAUAAUUUAUUCGACGACGUUCCCAAGGAUACGAUGCCGUCAACCCCGGACUCGACAACUUCCAGUAGUAUGUCAAGCAUGACGGUGCUCGACAUGUUCAUCUUAAUCCAUGUUUUAUAUACCUUCAUCAACUCGCACAUGACCCUGCUAGGUCCUAUUAUCCGCAAAGCCCAGCUCUCCCAGCCUAAGCAUCUCUUCAGCUUCGAUCCUCCAGCGAAGGGCCGCGCUAGAGCGAUUCCCGAGGACUCCAUGCUAUCUGGCAUUCGAACAGCGCUGUCCCGAUGGCGCGAGCAUUGGGUGACGCUGCGCAACACAGUCUCCCGAAGUGAGUGGGCCUCGAUGGGCUUCUUCAAGAACGGAUACAAUUUCUGGCUGGUGUCGCAGUUGCUCAUCACGAAAAAGGAGAGUCUGGAUGUCGUGAUGCGGAUGGAGGUCAAGUGUGAGGAUAAGCUGGAGAAGCUGAAGGUUCUGCUCAUGGAUGAGAAUGACUGACGAUGUGUAACAAGAACUACUAAUGUCUGGAAUAUUAUUUAACAAUACGGUAGGUACAUCGUAUUUCUCAUUCCACGCCAGC